AUGACGAGCUCAGCGAUCUUCCAUCUGCCAGGCCAACCAGAUGCCUUAGAAACCGCAGUCAAGCUUUUACAGUUGCACCAGAACGACCAUCAUUAUGCAUAUGAACGCGAUGAUCAGUGUCACAGCACAUGGCCGGUUGAGAAAUCAUUGCUAGACAUUGCGAGGGAUUUCGUCUCCGAAUACACCGAUCCCUGCGACGGGCGCAUAUUUGGCUAUGCUGGCUACAAUUUUGGUCCCCAUAUGCGAGGGGAAGCCUACCUGCCUGGACAAUGGCCUAUCCUUAGCUUGAUGGCUCCAGUAUUGCAGGUGGUGGUUCACAAGAGUCAUAUAGCUCGUCUCUUGUUCAUCGAUCUUGAUCACAACAAAGAUGUGUGGACCAGUCAGGUCAGAAAAGCGCUGGUCUGGCUGAACAAGGGCGACUAUGGGAAGAUUACUCCAUCUCGUAGCGUCCCCCUCAACCGCAGGGUUGACCUGGUCUCCACCCUCUUCCACGGUCGUCGAGGCAAUACACCACGCAGGACAUUCUGCUUUGACUACGAAUGUCGUGGAUCGGUGGGGUUCAGCCCCGAGUUAGUGGUCCAAGUGAAGAACAAAAAGCUCGUCAUGGAUGCGGUGGCUGGGACUCGAUCCAGCCAGGGAACGCCGGAGAAGACUGCCCGGCUACGACAGGAAUUGCUUGACAACCCCAAGGAGGUAUUCGAGCACAUUCUGACGACCAAGGCUGCCAUGAAGACGCUUCGGCCGCUGUGCCAGCCAGGGUCAGUCCGCGUGGAAGAGCUGGUUUCGGUAGUCAGUAGGGGUCCUGUGCAGCAUCUCUACUCCAGCGUCGUGGGAGACCUGCCCUCCAACAAAGAUGCCUGGGAUGCUCUAGCACUCGCAUCGCCCGGGUUCUCGCACUCGAAAUCCUCCAGGAAAAUGACCAAGGAAGAGCUUAAGGCGUUGGAAAUAUAUCCACGUGAGCUUUAUAUGGGAUCUGUUCUUUUCAUUGAAGGCAAUGACUCCAUGGAAGCGGCAAAUGCCCUCCGCUCUGUCUUUCAAGAUGAGAAUCGUCAAUGGCUGCAGGCUGGCGCGGGGAUCAUUGCACACUCGACCCCGGAGCGUGAGCUAAUCGAGACAAGAGAAAAGCUGGCUAGUGUACAGCCAUAUGUGAUGGCCAAGGCCGAGUAA